AUGACGAGACGAACGAGGCGACGCACGGGAGGUCCCAGCACUACGGCUGACGUGGAAAUCUCAGGCACCGCUGCAGCGACAACCAAUGAGGAGGUGACACUUGUCAGCCAGAGAGGCCGAUCGCGAGGGACGAUAAGGCGUCGUUUAACUUCCGCGGACACGCCAGGCGGGUCCGUUAGGCUCGUGCCUGCGACUGCCGCUGGUGGUGCGAAUCCUUCUGCGACCCUCGCUCCGUCUCCUGCGAAUCCCGAUGCGACUCCUUCUGCGACCCCUGCUGCGACGCCUGCGACUGGCUCUGGGACUUCUUCCGAUGUUGCCCUUCCGCAUCCCGCGUUAGCUGAUGCCGACACCACCGCUGAUCGCACAAGAACGCGGAACUCACUCGCGCUUCCCCCCUUGCUCGAAGUCUCCGCGGAAGCUCCGCCUCCCGGUCCCUCCUCCGCGUCCUCUUCUGCAUCCGCGCUCUUCCCCCCGAAUCCGCGCCCAGUAGGGUUACUGGAGAAUGGUGGGGAGGAUAUUAAGCUGGUGGAGAGGUGUGAGGAGGUGUUAGAAUUGGUGGACGAUGAAGGGGAGGGUGGGGAGGGGGAAGAGGAGGAAGGGGAAGAGGAGGAAGGGGAAGAGGAGGAAGGGGAGCAGCAACAGCAGCAGCAGCAGCAGCAGCAGCGGCGGCGACAGCAGCGGGAUAAGGGGCGGACGGAGCAGCAGCAGCGGCAGGGUCAGCAAGAGGAGGAGCGGAAGGAGGAAGAAGGCGAGGUUGGGAAGGAGCAGGAGCAGGCAGGGCCGAAGCAGCAGCAGCAGCAGCAGCAGCAGCAGCAGAAGCAGAAGCAGAAGCAGAAGCAGCAGCGGAAGGAGAAGGAGAAGGAGAAGGAGAAGGAGAAAGAGCAACAACAGGCCAGUACUAGCCAGCAGCACCCCACCACAGAAGCACCACCCUCCACACUGAACGAACCAGCAGCACAGCAGCAGCAGCAGCACCCAGCACGAGCGCACCCCCCUGACUGGACCUCCCUCCCAGCCGAAAUCACCCUGCGGAUCUUCUCUCUCCUGGCAAUCAGAGACCUCGCCCGGGCAUCCUGCGUCUGCUCCUCCUGGUGUCACCUCUCCUUCGCGCCCUCCCUCUGGACCACCCUAGAUCUCCGCUGCUACCCCGCCUCUCUCCGCCGCCGCUGCGGAUUCCCUGGCUGUGAGGUGCGCAGGGGCGCUCACCCGCGUGCAUGUGAAGGGGGCGGAGUCGCUCCGAGCGGUGGCCAGGCUUGCGGCUGGGUUUGGGAGCUUUGA